AUGGACCAGUCGUUCGGCAUCCCGAUCGAUUUGUCCCGGCCCCACGAGAUUCCUCUGUUUACCCUUUUUGAUUAUCUGUUGGCGGAUAGACUCAAAGCUGUAGCUGGAAUUAGGCCGCAGCCACAGCCACCGCCGACCGAUCAACGAAUACCGAAGGGAAAAAACAAAAAAGACAAUUUACACUUUAAAAACGCCCGCAACAAAACAGAGGCCGUAUCAAAAACGGCGGCGGAGAAACCACUGAACCAGGAAAUGAUCCGAAGAGUUCCCAGCAGCCGGUCACGUAGUGCGGUGCCGCGGUCUCCGGUCGCGGUCCGGACCGCGGAACGGCCGGCGAAAAAAGCCCCACUCGUGACGUCGAAUUACCGCCGGCGAGACUGUUAUUUCCCAUUACGAGACAGUUCAGCAGGU